AUGACUGAAACCUUCUUUGGUAGGGUUUUUCUGUAUUCAUCCGAGGAGGAUCCAUCAUCUGACAAUGGCAAGGAAAGCUUGGGUGACAAUCUGGCGGUCUUGUGGGCUGGUUUUGGUGAGGGCUUUGGUGACAAUAACACUGACACCAUCAUUGGUAGGGCUUCUCUGACUUCGUCCAUGGAGGAUUCAUCAUCAGCCAAUGGCAUGGACAGCUUGGGACAAUCUUGCAGCCUUGUGGACCUGUUUCGGGCGGAGGAUUCAUCCUCCAAUGGCAUUGAAAGCUUGGGAGACAAUCUGGCAGUCUUGCGGACCUGUUUCGGUGAGGCCUUUGGAGACAAUGUCACUGAAACCUUCAUUGGUAGGGCUUCUUUGUCUUCUUCAUCAGUGGAGGAUCAUCAUCAGCCAAUGGCAUGGACAGCUUGGGAGACAAUCUUGCAGCCUUGUGGACCUGUUUCGGAUUCUUCCUCCAAUGGCAUUGAAAGCUUGGGAGACAAUCUGGCAGUCUUGUGGACCUGUUUUGGUGAGGACUUUGGUGACAACGUGACUGAAACCGUCAUUGGUAGGGCUUCUCUGUCUUCAUCGGUGGAGGAUUCAUCCUCCAAUGGCAAGGAAAGCUUGGGAGACAAUCUGGCAGUCUUGUAG